AUGGCUGGCGGUGGUGGAAAAUAUCGGCAUCUCGGCCGCAAGUCUUCGCAUCGACAGGCGCUCCUCCGCAACCUUGUCACCUCACUGUUCGAAAACGAAUCAAUCACGACAACAUGGGCAAAGGCCAAGGAAGCCCAGAGACUGGCAGACAAACUGAUCACCCUCGGCAAGAAGAACUCGGAGGCUAGUCGGAGACGGGCUCUGGAGAUUUUCUACAAACCCCACGACAUCGUCCCUAAACUCUUCGGUCCCCUCCGCGAACGCUAUGCGGAACGACCAGGUGGCUAUACCCGUGUGCUACGUGUCGAGCCCAAGGAGAAGUUCGAAUACUACAACGUUCGCAAGGGUGACAAGAAUGCCGUUCCUGAGCGCAAGCCCGCCGACCAAGCGCCCAGUGCGAUUCUGGAACUUGUCGACGGACCCAAGGACAUGCGGUUUGCCAUGACGGCGCGUGCGAUUGCGCGUCAACGUGAAGAAGGCCUGUCGGAGCACGAACUCACAAAAUUGAACAAGAUGAAGGUGACACGGUUUCGAAAGGGCGGGGUGGAAGAACUGGAGGCCGCGGUUCAGCAGUUGCAGAUCCGCGAUUCCGAGACCGAGGUGGAGGUUCAGUCCGCGUUCCCCGAGGGGGCCGAGUCCAAGGCGUCCCAGGCUGAAGCAGAGCGAAGUGCUGCUGAGGCUAAACGCAUUGCGAGGGGGCUCGGUUCGAUGGGUGUCGGCUCCAAGGCUAUCUAA